AUCACCAGAGGGUGCCUGGGUGUCAGCUUGCCUUCAGGUGCUCAGCUAGACUUCAUCAAGCACACGUGGAGAGCUCUGUAUUAGGUUAAUGUGCUAACAUUAAUAUUCGUGAGCGAAGUAUGAUCCUCGUGCUCAAAAAGCUCAGAAUCCAGAUCCAGGGGUCCUGAGAUCCUCGCUCUUAUCAUUCCAUCUGAAGGCUCACUUCCUUCUCAGCAUGGAGCUCCUCCUCCUCCUCCUCUCCUUGCCUCUCUUUUCCGAUGCCAUGGUCAUGGAUGAAAAGGUGAAAUCAGGUGUUGAGCUGGACACAGCUUCUGCAGUCUGUAACUAUGAUGCCCACUACAAGGACCACACCAAGUACUGGUGCCGUGGCUACUUCAGGGACUCGUGCAACAUUAUUGCCUUCGCCCCUAAUAGUACCAACCGUGUGGCCCUGAAGGACACAGGAAACCAACUCAUCAUCACUGUAUCCUGCCUGGUCAAGGAGGACACAGGCUGGUACUGGUGUGGUAUCCAGCGGGACUUGGCCAGAGAUGACAUGGAUUUUACACAGCUGAUUGUGACUGAUAAUAGAGAAGACCAGGCCAAUGGCUUUUCAUCUGACCCUUCAGGCAACAGGACCCGGGGCUGUAGGGCUUCCAAAGCUGUCCAAAAGGCAGAGGGCUCCCGAAUGUCCAUUCUGAUCAUUUGUAUACUGAUCACCAGUUUGGGGAUCAUCUUUAUAAUCAGUCAUCUGUCCAGAGGAAGGCGAAGUCCAAGAAAUAGAGGAGUUACUGGCAAAAGCGUCGAUAGCAACCCACAAGCAAGCCAAGGUCUGUCUAUGGUCUCCAUAUCUUUGGCAAGGAUUUGAAGUUCCUUCCAUGUGUCCCGACUCAAGGAAAUGGCUCGAACUGAACACAUGUGGCUGAAGAUUUCUCUCACUUAGCUCCUAAAUAAAGUAAUGCCAUUACAGUAGAAUAU